AUGUCCCAAUGUAUCUGUGUCGGUGACAAGCCACACGGGCAGGAUGUCACUGCCUCCAUGGAAUACCUGAACGGCACCGGUCCAGCAGCACAAGCUGGUCGCCUGCACAUUACUGUUCGCAUAAGACACCGAGACUCCAUGCUGCCACUGAUUUCGACGCAUCCGCUACCCAGUGCGGAGCAACUCUUCGGAAACGUUGUCUCGCAAAAGCAGCACAUCUGCUCCAAUGUAGCCGGCCCCGGAGACCAUGGCUUGGCGUUUGCUGCCUUCAUGAAAUCUACAAUUGGUGCUCCUAGAAUAGGAGAGGUGAGGCCUUAUCAAAGUGACUCAGCGAUCCGCGGCUCCUCUGCUGUGUCGCUGUACCACCACCUCGAUUUGAACCAAUGCCUAUGGACGUUCGAGGCCAUCAUUUCUCUGAAGGAUGCAGUUGGAGUUUGUGGCGGUGUCCUGCUAGAAGACUUCAAGGAGCCCGACUCGCACCGGCGGUUUGUCACGGUGCGGCUCCCGGUGUACGUGACGCUGGCUUUCCCGGCAUUUGUAGCAGCCGUGGGAGAUGCGGCCCCUCGAUGGACGAGCGUGGAGCGGCGCUCGCAGCUGGAGCUGAGCUUCGCGUACGGGCCGGCUAUGUGGUCCGAACGGCCUCUUGGCACGCGAGCCCCACCGAAGGCGAAGGUUUCAGUGACUAGGGUGUCCCUAGCUCGCGAUGGCAGGCUCAGUGUCCACUUGCUCACCAAAGCGCUCUUCCACGGCAUGUUGGCGCUGAACCAUUCAAUGAAGAAGCACGUCCGCGGCCGCUUCUUAAAGAAGUCGUCCGGGGACUUGGGCCUCUACUCGCUCACCCGGCUGUGGGCGGAGCCAUCGUUCGACGCACCGUCCCAGCUUUGGAAAGCCGUGUCUCAGCAGAGUUUCAAGGACUACUCGGGCCUCCACGAGCUGGAACUCGUGCCGUGCGUUGCCGCGCCAGCACAGGACUACAGAAUCCCUCCAGAGGACUUCUGCACGCCCCUCGAACCACUGAGGUUCGAAAUACCAGUGUCGGCUCCUCUGCCCAUCAACGCCCUCAAUGGAGCAGUCUAUAACUUGGGUACAGAGUUCCAGUUGCUCAGUAGCAAAGAAGACUUCCUCUCCGACCCCAGGGACUUGCGCCAAGGAUUCGAAGACGUCGACGAGAGGCGCAUCUUCUUCAGAGGGGAAACGUUGUUUGGUCGCGUAUUGUGGAAUCCAUUAGAAGAACUGAGUGCCAGUCUGCGCAUCGACCAAGUGUACCUGUGCACAGGAAAGGCAGGCUUCACACCCAGUUUUGACCCAACGGGCCACGAGCUUGCCCGAACACCCAGUUUUGGCUGCGUGCAGCCCAGUCCGAACCUCGAGCACCGUUUUCUCAUUCUAGACCGCAGCAAUCCAGACCACGUUGAUGACUCAGUGGCAGGAGUGUCUUUCAAGGCUAAACUUGCCGAAGAGGAUUCACUCACCAGGCGGUUAAGAGACUACCCUGGGGUUGACGGAUUCUUCAUGCUGGUCGACCCUCUCUAUGAGACGCCGUCCGGUGGGCAGUGGUACUUGCAGGUGCUGUACUCGGUUGUCCCUCAUGGAAGAGGCGGACAUCGUCAACGGCGAGUGGUGACGAGGGUUUCGCCGAGCAACGAUGCAGAAACUGCGACCGACAUGCACUCCUUCCGCAUAAGCCACAAGUCGCAUCGGGCCGGUGGCACCUUUACAGGCACAGCGCUAGCAGCAGGGAGCUCAGCGUUAUUGGUGCUGCUCCUUUCCGGCUGGGCCACAUACCGUUACCGCCGAGCCGUCGUUGCAUCAACUGCAGCCACAAGUGCUGGCGCGAGAAACGGCGGUCACUAUGCCGCUCUGCAAGACCACCAUCACCACUGCCGCCAUCACAAUCCUUCUUCGUCGAGCGUGCGAGGAGUUCGUGUGCUGACAUGGCAUCCCGUGAUAGACACCACGCAUUGCGAUGCCACCGAAGUGUGACAUUGAAACGAUCUAAUGCGCAGCCUUUCGCCCCCAACAGUUAAGUGGACACUGCCCUCGUUUGGUGCGUCUUCAGACUCCAGAAGUGGGAACUGUAGUCAUCGUUCACGUGUAUCACAUACGUUUUCGAACAAUACCACGUGAUUGUUCGUGUCGGCUGACUUUGUCAUCAUAUAUGUGUGCAUGCGUGUUUGUCAAAUAUGGAGACCCACUGUGUAACAUGCAUGGCUACGUUGCUUGAUAUCGAGGAAGAUACCAAUGGCUAUAUGCAGUGUGGAUUUUCAUUCUUUAAAACAAACAUUACUUGGCUCCAAAAAGGACAUUCCGUUGGGAUCAUUUCUUUACGUUUUAAUACAGCAUGUAAAGAAAAUGACGUAAAAAAGGGAAAGAUGGAAGACUCUUUAAUGAAUUGUUGAUGUUCCUACCAGCGUACACAUUAAAGAGGUCCUUCAGCA